CUUCUCAUCUACCGCAUCGUUCUUGGAUCCCCUUCUCAUUCCCUACAGCGAUUUCUUCCAUUAAUCCAUUCUGAGUCAGCUAUGGUUUGUGAAAGAUACGGAUUGGCGUUGCUGGCUGCAACGGCAUGCAGAAUGCCUCGCGUAUCAAAGAGACCCUUCAAUGAAAUUGUUAAACCCCCUGCCUCGCCUCUGCCACUCACAGCAUGGUACAAGAAGGGUCCGGACCCGGUGGGGGCCUCUUCGCCGAUGUGCUCGUCAAAGAGAUUGAAAGAGAAUCAUGGCGGAUGGAGCAUGCCUACUACUAGCGGUUCCGUCAGCUCGGACAACACGGACGAGGAAGAUGCUUCCGACUGUGAGAAGUACGUGUGUGCGCCUUUGGUUCUCCAGUCCCGGGUCCCUAUACCGGUUGAAAGACCGGCGGUCACGAUUAAAAUGAAUAGAAAAAUCCUACCUCUACCCAAGAGAGCCAAGCUUCCCGCGUCUGUCGAUCCAAGACAGAUGUUUCUGAAGUCUUUGAUCCAGCCGGCGCAGCUCCCAGGGGAAAAGGCUCACAAGACAGAUGAGGAGCGUCUGUAUUUCCUUCAGCAGGACCCUUGCGUCGACGUACAAUCAAUUAGCAGGCAGCUGGUUGUCUGUAACAAGUGUAGGAAGCCCGUACUGUUGGACCGUCGCAGGAAUGCGGGAUACUAUGCCAGCGCGUGGGUGAAGCAUAAGAAAACAUGUUUGGAGGUUUAUAGAGCUUGGCUCAUAGAGCAUGGAUAUGAUGACCCGGCUUGGAUACGGGAAGCGGAAAGACGUAGGGAUGCGAAGUUGAAGAAGCAGGUGUAGGAUUAUUUA